AUGGCGGGCCGAAUGGUCUUGUACAAGCUCGUGGUCCUGGGAGACGGCGGUGUCGGAAAGACGGCAUUGACGAUUCAGCUAUGUCUGCAACACUUUGUCGAGACUUACGACCCGACAAUUGAAGAUUCGUAUCGCAAGCAGGUCGUCAUCGAUGGCCAGCCCUGCAUGCUCGAGGUUCUCGACACGGCGGGCCAGGAAGAGUACACAGCGCUGCGCGACCAAUGGAUCCGCGACGGCGAGGGCUUCGUGCUCGUCUACAGCAUAUCGUCGCGCUCGUCGUUCGGGCGCAUCAAGCGCUUCCACCACCAGAUCCAGCGCGUCAAGGAGUCGGUCGCCUCGUCGCCCUCGUACCCGGGCUCCCCGCACACCACGGUCCCCCCCCAGAUGCAGAUGCCCGUGCCCAUCAUGCUCGUCGGCAACAAGAGCGAUCGGAUAACGGAGCGCGAGGUCUCGACCCAGGAGGGUCACGCCCUCUCGCGAGAGCUCGGCUGCGAGUUCGUCGAGGCCUCGGCCAAGAACUGCAUCAAUGUCGAGAAGGCCUUCUACGACGUCGUCAGGAUCCUGCGCCGCCAGCGUCAGCAGGCCUCGAGGCCCGCCGCCGGCUCCGGCGGCCGCAGCCGCGCCAGUAACGGCGACGCCGGCGGUCGCGAGCGUGAUCCGCACCGGUACCGCCGCCACAAGGACCGCGAUGGUUCCAAGCUCAAGUGCGUACUAUUAUGA